UAUUUAGGCAGUUGUUAUACCACAUUUGAUGCUAAGUUGUUUGAAGACGCUGCCACGCUGCUCCUUGCAUGGUUAUAUCGUGUUAAACUAUGAAUGUUGUUUUAAUCUUUUAAUGUUUAAUAUUUUAAGACAGUCUUAAUUUUAGCCUUUUUAAGAGUGACAAUACUAUCGAACAGUGACAAACUAUCGGGCUCUACAUCAUGCCGGGCAAUCUUCUAUGCCGGAUGUCCAAUGAUUCUGAUCGACUAAUGCCAUACUGCCCAUACACAUUGGAAUACAGUAGUGUUUAUCAGUAAAAACUUGAUUAUACGCAUCAUAAAUCAUUGAAAUCAACAAGACUUUCUGAAAACUUCAUAACAACUCCAAUAUUACAAGAGACGUACUUCAGUUUGUCUGUUAUGUAAUUUUCCAGCAAAGGCGGGCGCAUGCAUGCAUAUUUUCAGUAAACUUCAAGUUCCCCCAACGUCGUAAGCAUGCGAGUCGACAAAUUUUUGAAACUUUUAACUUAACAAAGCCGCAUAUUGGUAGAAUGGAUCACGCAUUACAGAGAAAUAAACAUGUAUAGGCUGGAAUGUCAGGCACACCGCAGAUUUAAGUCACGACCAAUAUGAUCGAAUUCCUGUUUUUGAAUUCCGUAUGAUAACUUACAAGAGAUAAAAAGUCUUUGUUCGAGUUUCAAUCCAAAAGUUGCUUGUAGAGAAAGGGCACCUGAUGCAGGAUUAGACUAUGAUAGGCACAAUGAAAAAGAUCUUUCACAAGCUGCCAUGGCAAAAGUUUGCGAACAGCUUGAUGCUCAAAAAAAGCGCGCCAUUUUUGGGAACAGUUCCUGUUAGUGCCAAACCAAGAUUUAAUACUUGAGUUCAGCACUCAUAGAGUUACAAGUGAUACUUAUAGUCUUAUGCCACUUGAAUAUACAUAAGACAAAAAGUCACUUCCCCUGUGCAUUCAAUUACCAGUUGUUAGGGCAACGUUUUUCUGCUUUUCAAAAGAAGUCACAGGUAUUGACACGAAUGCGAAAAUUGACUUUAAACCUUGCUUCCCCAUGUUGGGCUACAACAAUUAAGAAAUAUUAAUUAGGUCUUAGAUAAGACAAAAAGUCACUUCCCCUGUGCGUUCAAUUACCAGUUGUUAGGGCAAGUUGCCAACGUUUUUCUGCUUUUCAAAAGAAGUCACAGGUAUUGACGUGAAUGCGAAAUUUAAAUAUUUUUUUUUGCACUGCUUUAGAAGUGCACAUUUCGUGAGAACUGGACGUUAAAAGAAUCCUGAAGGCUGAAAGCGUCCUUUUUCGCAGAUUUUUUCCCUUUUAUUUUGCAAGUUUCAUUACGAUUAUAUGAGGUGAAAAAAAGCAUGAGAGGAACGACAUAAAAAUGACAUAAAAUUUAACACAACGAAUGAAACAACCUCCUUUCUUAUAAAUGCGUUUCAGAAGCCUCGAUUACGACGUACGCUUGAUGUACCUAUUUGUUAUGUUUAUUAUGCAACAUGAAGUAUUAACUAUUUUAAAAGUAUAUCACGGUCCUAAAGUGAAUAAAUCGAAGAUGGAGGUUGAUGGAAUGGAAGAUUCUGAAGAUUGGCUUGUUGAAAAAACACAUCUUGCUGUAAAUGAGAAUGAUUUUUACGAGGCUAAGUGUUGGCUCAAAACUGCGAAAUGUUUGUAUCCGUUAAAUUUUAAAGUACAGUAUGAAGCCUAUUCAAUCGAAAAAGAUGCCAAAAGAGUCAAAGAAGCUGCUGAGCUUUUUCUUGAUAUGCUGGCUAGAUUUUCUUCGGAAAAGAUUCUUGCUGAGGAACUGUGCAAGAUCACAGAAGCACUUGAAGCAAAAAAUGUUGACCAAAAAAGUAUAUUUUUAAAAGAUAUGUUCAACAGUUUAUCUCGAACAUCCCAAAAAGGAAUUUUAAUUAACGCUGCAGCAAAACAAAGUGAUUGCUCUGAGAAAUGUCGGCUUACACUGCUGUUGAUAAAACAAUUUCCAGAAGCAGUUAAAGAAUGUGCGGUUUCUCUAAUUCAAUCAUUGAUGUCAAAAGAACUUGAGAGCUACCCAGAUUCUCCAAUUAAUAUUUAUAGAAAGUUAUUAGUUUGUAAUGUCCUUCCUGUUGUUGUGAGCAGUGAACAGUUGGUAAUAAAUAUUGAGAAUAGGCCAGACAAGAAUCAGAAUCCAAACAUUCUUACAUUGAGCCCAGAUCAAGUGCUCAGCUGGCUUGAGUUAUCCAUUCAAUAUAUAGUUUGCUGUCAAGCAUUUCAAGCCAAUGUCUACUUGAACCUUCCAUAUGAAGUUGACCAUACAGUUCAUAACCACCCUGAUUUAUGGUUGCAUCUUCAUGAAUUGCUUUGUAUCAUGGGUAAUAAAUGUGGUUGGGUGGAUAUUUUGCGAUUGAAAGACAUUUUAUCACCUAACAGGAGUGUAAAAGAUGCAUGGAGUUGCUUAUCAGAUAUUCAUCAUAACCUUAAAAAGUCAAUGAAAGUCACUACUAAAGCUGUGGAAGAAGGUCAAGCUUCAACAACAGCUCUGAAUAUUCUAGCAAUGGAAAAAAUCGGAGUAUUUUACGCCGCCGUCACCAUAUUCUUUCGAGCUGUAUGGCAAUACUGUAAAAUCGUUAACCGAACAGAUGAACAGGGUAUAGCAGACACGAAUACGACAUCCCCUCUUAUUGUACUGCUAGAAGAUUUGUCUAACAUUGGAAAGUCCGGCGAAACCCCAGAAGUCAGGCAUGUCCAAAAAAAGAAGAAGAAACCUUUGGACGAUCAGAAAGAAAAGCAGCAAGUUCAUUUGAGCGUCGGAAGUAAUUGUGUUUCCGUUGAACUUGGCGUUUGUGAUUACUUUCUUGUGGCUGCUGACACUUGGCACAUGCUCCAUUCACAUUCAGAUUAUAAAAACGAAUUCUCCCGACUGUUGGAGUCGUGGAAAGUCGACGAAUGGCAAUGGAUAGUACCAUUUCAAGUUGACAGACAUAUUUACCGAGGGAAGUUUAAGAAGGCAGUGGAGAUAUUACAAGAUAAAAAAGAAAGUAUAAAGAAAUCACCUUCGAAUGAAUCUUUUUCGCUGAGGUGCUCUCUACAGUUAUCCUCUGUGUUAUCAUGCCUCGGUGAACAUAAGAAAGCGUGUAGUGUUAUUCUGGAAGCACUUGAGACAUUUUGGGAGGGUUCAGAUAAUCUGGAUGAUUAUAAAGACAAACAAAAGAGAAGAUUUAUGAAUUGUACUUCCACAAAAAACAGCAAAACUCAUUCUCCAAUCGAUCGUCAUCUUGAGCUUGUCGAAUGCACGGAGGAUGAAGCUUUAUCGUAUUGUGUCCAGCUGCUAGUCAAUUCUCUUAAGACGCGGGUGUUUUCAGAAGGUCGUAAUGAUAAGUUGCUUGGGCACCUUAUUGUUUUGCUGCAAUACGACUGGCCUAAACGAGAAGAAAUAUUUUUUGAAGCAAUCAAGAAAAUACAUUCUCAAGAAAUAUUCAAAUAUCCAUGUUUUUUCGAUUAUAUCAUUGUAAUCGACAUUCUGGAAGAAUUUGCAUAUUUGUAUAAAGAUGAAAAUGUUCAAAUUGAAUUGCUUCGUAAGUCGUCAUCUAACUCGAGAGGCCGUACCUUAACAAGAGGAUCAAAUAAAGGUGCAAAAGAAGAUUUGAAAUCAUCAUUAGAGAAACAAGUUACGAGAGCAAGUGAAAGCAUCGAAUCAAUUUUACGGUUGUUUUUUAUCGAAGAGAAGAGUAGUCUCAUUUAGAAGGAAAAUAAAAUUGAGCUGAUUGCACUGAAGGAAGGUAGCCAGCCUAAAAUAAAAGGGGGAAUCCAACAUUGCUGCAUGCAACCAAUGGUUGUGCCCCCCGCUGACAUAUUUUCUUGGUUCUGGAGGAAUAGAAAAUUGUACAAACGAAAAGCACGCCCCCCCCCCCCUUCAGUUACGCAGCUGGUAAAAAUCGCAAAUUGGUCUUCUUAGCCUAAAAGCAUUGUUCUUGUGAAUCUUUAAGGGUCUAAUUCCACCUGUUUCUUUCGAAGAGCGACGACUUGAAUAAGUUAAUUCUAAAGAUUUCAGAACAACCUGACGUACUUGUAAUAUUAAUAUGAACUUAUGACCAUACACAUAUAUGUUUAAUAUUAAAAUCUCACAUGCUUGAGUGUAUGUGUUUAAAUAUAUGUUGUUAACAUUCUUCGGCGACAUAA